UGUAGGCACUUUCGAUAUAAGCGAAUAGAAAAUCGAGAGUUUCACUAAUGUUCUGUUGCUAAUCAUUCUUCACUGGAGGUGUCAGAUUCAUAAGCGGCAUUUUCUUGAUAUCUAAGUGAUAAUUAUUUUAACAACAUAAAAGUCUCCGCAAAAUGGCACGUAGAUAUGACACGCGUACUACAAUUUUUUCACCAGAGGGAAGACUUUAUCAAGUUGAAUAUGCUAUGGAAGCUAUAAGUCAUGCUGGUACUUGCUUGGGUAUAUUAGCAACCGAUGGUAUUCUUUUAGUAGCUGAGAAACGGAAUACCAACAAAUUGCUAGAUGAAGUGUUUUUCUCAGAAAAGAUCUACAAACUGAACAAUGACAUAGUUUGUUCAGUGGCUGGCAUUACUUCAGAUGCGAAUGUAUUAACAAAUGAAUUACGUCUCAUCGCACAGAGAUAUCUUCUUCAGUAUGGGGAAGCUAUACCAUGUGAACAGCUGGUCUCGUGGUUAUGUGACGUUAAACAGGCAUACACCCAAUAUGGUGGAAAGAGACCUUUUGGUGUAUCUAUUUUAUACAUGGGAUGGGACAAAUACUAUGGCUAUCAGUUGUAUCAGUCAGAUCCUAGUGGAAAUUAUGGUGGUUGGAAAGCGACAUGUAUCGGGAAUAAUUCGGCAGCGGCGGUAUCGUCCUUGAAACAGGAAUAUAAAGAGGGUGAGACUACUCUAAAAGAUGCAAUGGCACUCGCUAUUAAAGUACUGUCUAAAACAUUAGAUAUGACCAAACUCUCUGCUGAGAAAGUGGAAAUGGCAAUAUUAACACGCGAUAAUGGUCAAACAAAAACGAAAAUACUGCCAGCAAAUGAAGUGGAUGCCUUAAUCGCAGAACAUGAUCGACUAGAAGCAUUAGCGGAACAAGCAAAGAAGGAAAAGCAGAAAUCGUAGGAUUUUAUACUAGAUAAAAGAAAGAAUAAACCGAAAACUGCAUUGUAAUGGCAAAGCUUAUAUCAGGAAGAAAUUAAUUUACAAACAAUUCAAAUCUUUAUAUUAUAAAUAUAUAUUAUAAAUUUUUUCCUUGCCAGUAAGUUUAUUCUUACUAAUGUGUGAGAAUAUCAUUUUCUUUAUAAAAUAACACAAUGGAUAAAAAUUUUCCACAAA